AUGGGAGGUGGUAACCGCAUAGGGGGUGGCUAUGUAGCUCCGCCUAUCAUCCCUCCCGGGCUGACUGUGAGGCAGCAGACGGCUAAGUGGAUGUGGUGGCUUGGACUGGCGGAUGGUAGAGAUUAUUACACCACAGCGGAGUUAUUCACCCUCUCGUCCGCGCAGGGGCUCAUUCACCUGCAGCACUCCCCCCAGGCGGACCUCAUCCGCGCGCAGGCCUCCGCCAGGGGCAGUUCCCCCCGCAUGCACGACGUGCUAGUGGCGCCAGAGAGCUUCCCCCGCGGGGAAGCGCCACCAGGGAUAGGGGGGAAUAGGGGGAGUGCAGGGAAGGAGGGUGGAGAGGAGAGAGUGUUUGAGGAGGAGAGGGGGUUAUGUGAUGCGCCGAGGAUACUGCCUGUGACAGAGCACCGCAUUGGAAGGCAACUCAUUGUCGAUGAGGACGUGGGCAUGGUGUAUUGCUACGUGCAGAAGGCGGGGUGCACGAGCUGGAAGUUCUGGCUGCGAGAGCAGCACCACCACCCCUUCCCCAAGUCCUUCCUCUCCGCCCACACCGCCCACUUCACCAACGUCACUGCCGUCUGGUACUCUCUCACCGAACCCCAAGCCAUACGCGCCCUCACCCGCCGCGACUUCACUCGCUUCGUCUUCCUCCGGAACCCAUACACACGCGUUCUGUCAGCGUAUCUAGACAAGAUGCUCCGGGGGGGCGGCCCGGACGACCUCGGGGCAGGGUUCUGGGCGCAGGCUUUUUUCGGGCAGCUGAUCACGCACUCGUUAUGGGACGCCAUGACGUUUCAGUCAGGUCCGGGAACUGCUCGGCUGAGGAGCAUCUGGGAAAUAAUUCAGCUGCGGACUGGGUUUCGAAUCACGUUCGAUGAAUUUGUGGGGUACCUGGGAGAGGCGUGGGAGAUAGAGAGCCGGUUUCAUCUAGAUGUGCACAUAGUGCCGCAGACUCUACUGUGCGUGUUGGACCGGAUAAAGUAUGACUUCGUGGGGCGGUUUGAGAGCAUGGAUGAGGAUGUGAUGACGCUGAUGAGGCGGUUUGGGAGGGAGCCUGGCGACGCGUUCAGCUUCGGGAAGAAGCUUCAGAAAACCAAGUCCCGGGGCCGCUUGAGCGAGGCUUUUGCGAAUAAGAAAACCUUUGACACGGUCAGUCAUGUUUACAGUCUGGAUGUGAACAACACCCUGAAUCACAUCGUUUUCCUCGUGCGGGGAGCGGCAAUGGACGGAGAUCCCAAUCUCGACUCGAAGGUUCCCGAUUACGAGCUUCUCGAGUCCAACAAGGCGGGGGGGCUCACGUGCGUGCGCCUGCAUGCAGCCACGUUGCGCCCUCUCCGCUCGCUUCACGCACUUGGCUUCCGGAUUUCGUGCCCGGGAGUGCAUAGACGGGCGGCAUGCCUGCAUCGCCCUUGCAUCGCUGAGUCCCUCUUGCCAGCCUCAGCCGUCCUCGUUCUGCCUCAGCCACUCCUCGUCUUGUCUCUGCCGUUCCUCGUGCAACGUAUCUCGGGCCUCCCUCCCUCCCUCGUUGCCUACUCUGGGAGUGUCCCAGUGUGUCCGUUUCAGUCAUUCAUGGAAACAGGGGGGGCCGGGAAGGUCAAGGGCCUUAGUGUGGCUGCUGGUGGUGACGGAGAUGAUGGUGGUUAUGUGCUUGGAAGUGAACAUGCGUUGAGCUCUACCCUCCUAGAGGUGGCGGAUCCGCCAGCUCAUGGGAUGGAGCACAACCACCACAAUGGAUACAGUCACAGAAGUAUCUUCGAGGAACCCGGCUCUAUCCUGGGAGACACUACUACCAACACUAAUGGCCAUGCUGGCAACAUCAAUGGCUGUGCUGACAUCACUAACGGCCAUGCUGGCAACAUUAAAGGCGGUGCUGACAACACCAACAAACAUGCUGACUCUGCUCUGUUGGUGAGAGCGUCUGUGAAAGGCUCAAAGACGGAUGCUAUUGGCCUGCUCAUUCAACCUGCUAUCGGCCUGCCGCCUGGCUGUCUUGAGCCGAGUCAGGCUGGUUUGGCGGUGGUGGGUGGAGAUAUUGAAGGGAAUCUGCAUGGGCGAGAAAGCAGCUGCAGCUGUGACGAGCCUGUGGGGCAGCGGCAGGUGAAAGGAGGAGCAGCAGCAUCAGGAGGAGGGGAGAACGGCGAUGGUGGAUAUGGCAUGGAUAUAGCAGAAACGUUGGGUGGAGGAAGGGGAGAGGUGGGUGGAGGAGGGGGAAGGAGUGGGGGUGGAGGAGGAGGAGAGACAGAAAGAGAUGGUGCGACUUCAGUUGGUGGUCGAGAGGCAGACUCUCAGAGGGUGUUGGCUCAGCCACCACUCCAUAUUCUUCAGUCCGUGCGGCCCGAGCCUCUCAACGGCUACAACGAGCAGGGCCAAGAGGGGCCAGCUGGCAGCAUGGCUCCUGUGAUCCACGGCAUGCUGCUGGCGCAUCCAACGGCUGAGAAGCCUCAGGAGCUGGAGUGGGACGAUCUGAUCGGUCGGAUCGAGGCGGAGAUUGAGAAGCCCCAGGCGAGCUCGUGUGUGGAUGGCGAGUCGUCUUCUAUUGCGAGACAGGACAGCCAGAUAGUGACUAGCGGUGAAGGAGCCGUCCCUCCAAGCGAUGCUGGGGCAACCAAACGAGAGGCAGGCAAGGGCAAGGCGAGGAGGGUGGUGCAGAGGAAGCGGCCAGCCAACAGCACGUCCAAGUUCAGAGGGGUGACUCACCACUGCCGUACUGGGCGGUGGGAGGCGCAUAUUUGGGAGGAGGGGCGGCAGGUGUAUCUAGGAGGAUUCGAUUCUGAGAAGCAGGCUGCGCUGAUGUACGAUAUUGCAGCACUCAAGAUGAGGGGCGAGGACGCGCAGACAAACCUACCGCCUGAAGAGUACACCAAGUAUACCAAGGAAAUAGAGGCCGUCCCUAAGGAGGAGCUUAUUCUGCUGCUGCGGCGCCACAGCAAGGGCUUUGCUCGGGGGACGUCCAAGUACCGAGGGGUGACCAAACACCAGAAGGUAGGGCGAGGAGGGGACCUGCUGUCAACAGCGUUGGACAGAAACGUAGGGUGA